UGGAGAGGACGUUCGCGGGUGACGUCGAUCCCAGCCAAUUGUCUUCUUCCAUACGCGGAACCCCGGUUGAAGAGGGAAGUUCAGUUUUGUUUUCAUCGAGUCACAAAUAGCUUUCCUUCUUCUCCGAAGUAAUAAAGAAUGAUUGGAUACAGUUGACUUCUGCUCCGUGGAGAUUUUAGUCUAAUGGCUAUACGUCUCAUUUACAGCUCCUCAGUAAAUUUUCAUUGACAAGCAGCCAAAUGUCUGAGCAGCAGCCACUGAGCCAGCCCCUGCAAACUGAAGAGCCAUUGCUGAAUGACCAGGAGAUGCAGUUCUGGCUGGACAAAGCAGUGGCAUGGGGCCAGGCUGACAGUCCGGACACGCAGAAAGACACCUGCCUACAUAUGAGCAGACUCAGGGAUUUCCUCCAGCAGCUUCUCACACAAGUGAACAGCAUGAGCUCAACAACAGAAACCAUGAAGAGGCUGCCCUUCUUAGGCCAGCUUUUGGGCCGGCUGUGCUGGAAUCCUUAUGUCACUGUGUGUGAUACAAGCAGAGGGCUGCUGCUUGGGUGUCUUUGGGAACUGUACUCAGAGCGUCCAAGCAAUGCUGUGGAGCAAAAAGCCAACCAGUGGAUACGGAAAGUGUUGUGUCAGCUUUCCACAGAAGAAGAUGACACUGCAGCACAAGCGUUAAUGAAGUGUACGGGUGUACCAGCUAAAGAGUACCACCUUAAAGUCCUGAGAAAGAAGGUGGCGCUGCUGCAGGAAAAUGUUGGACAAAGCUGCACAUUAUUUAACAGUCAGAGGUGUUCAUGUGACAGGAUUGUGGCUAUAUCAGAGGCAUGCAUCCCCAUUGUCGCUUGUCCCGAGGCAUCUUCUCUCAUUAGUCUAUUGCUACAGCGGCCGGUGGCUUGUGUCACAGAAGUUCUCAGUGAAGACUUUCUGGAUGCUUUGACCUCUGCUUACUCAAGGCAGGGUUUGGCAUUGGAGGAGCAGGCCUUGGUAUCUCUGUGGUAUCACAGCUUCUCCAGCCUGGAAGAAGCAGUCCUCAGUCUGUUGCAGUCUGUUAUAACUACAGGGUUAACACCACAGAAGCUAGAGCAACAAGUAGCACAGUCACUGCUGCCUAAAGCUUGUGCUCAGCACUGCUCAGUAUUCUUGGUUGUAAAUGACAUCUUUAGGUCCGUCCUUAAGCAAGCUGAAGUAAAUGAGUUUGUUAAGGCUCUGGUCCAAACCUUUACCAAGUGUUUCCUGAAGGAACUGGCGCUGCUGAAGCCUCAGACAAGCAUAUCUGUGAAAGCCUUCUUCCCACAGUCGCCUUCAAGUCUGCUGGUUCCCCUCUUGACGAUGCCAUCAGAGAUGCCUCAGGGGGCUUGGAGAAAUCACCUGAACUGGCUGAGCAGCUCAUUACAGAGACUGACAGAGGAGGAAGAGGAGGGAGACGGAGACGGCAGAAGCACCAGGGGGCACCACAACGUGUUUGAGGCCUGGUUCCUGCUGGUUCAGUGUGCCCACUGGGUACAGGUGGCUGUCCAGCUGCUGGUCACAUCUGGGACUGAAGAUGGUGAUCCCUUCCUAUGGCUGUUGAUAUUCUACCACUACCCCACCAACAGGUGGCACCACAGAGCUUCACAGCUGGCACGGGCCAAAGAAGCUUGGAACCACAUACGCACUCUUUUCUCGGGCGCAGCUCAUCCUCUUCCCAGCGACCGCCUGCAGUCACUGGUCACGCUGGUUUCACCACAACCUGAGCAGCAAUCACUUGCUCCAUCAUUGACUGUCAGCCUUUUGGUUAAUGUUGCUGUUUUCUGCCAGCUACCACCAAGUGGCUCAGCAGAGGUUUUACAGGCGGUGGUGGAUCAGUCUGGUCUGCUUGAUGAAGCAGCAUGUGUUCUCAGCUCACUGGAGCUCAGACUAAACGAAGGAAGCUGUUUAUCAAGAGACACAGUUCAUCUAAGGAUCAAGGAACUUCAAAAGACGAUAACGCAAAUGCAUUCAGAUGGGACAUAAGGCCACAUCAAGUUCCCUCCACGCUGAGCUUCCCUCCAGGUGUAGCCCAUCUCCUGUAGCUCUGCCGCAACAUUUCUCCUCCAGGUGGUAUGGAGUCUGCCCGGCUGUAAUAAGUGUCUCGGAUGUGUAAUUUACAUAUAAAAUCAGUGUAACAGGCAAGAGUGCCUGUCUAAUCU